GGGGAACGCAGAUCAUUGUUAGGAUAUCGACCGACGUAAGAACAAUCAAUGUGGCGCUGCUUCGGUUUUAACUUUAACAAUAAAUUUUUAAUGGAUGUUCAUUCAAAUAGAAAACUUAUUGAUUUCUGCAACUCUUUUCUGUAAAGUGUGGGUCUUUUGACAUACUGAUAUAGAAAUAAUUACUGAAAGCGGUUUGAAUUUCCUGGCAAGAAUAUGUGAAUAAAAUACGAUACAACUGUAGAAUUACAUUUAUUUUUGCAAUGUGCAUAAAUGUUUAAAACUGUAACUUAUUUGACUACCUUUUAUUCAUUAUUUGACGACUGGAUUGUUUAAUUCAUAAUUAGAGGAAUCUAAACGAGCUUAAACUUGCUGAAAAAGGACGGGGACAAAUACAGAAAUAGAUAUGGGGGCUGACGCAGAUGAUGAAAAGGGCCGAGAUGGUUGCUGCAAAAUGUUCUGGAAGUUCAUGUUUUCUCACAUUGGACUAUGUGCCAUGGUGGUACUGUACUGUGUAGCUGGAGGUUUCAUAUUUGAACACCUUGAGAAGACAAACGAAGAAGAGGUGUGUUUUGAAUCUCGGAGGGAAUACAAUCCGAUGCAGGAGAAAACUUUGGAGAACCUGAAGAAGGUUAUACUUGAAAACAAUCUCAACACUGAUGCAAUGAUGAUACAAAUGACAUCCAUUCUACAGACCUUUCGGAACAACUCCCUGGCUAUAGGGUAUGACGGACGGAACUGCGACUGCUACGGCGAGCCAAACUGCCCUGUUCACGAAUGGUCUUGGCCUGGAGCAUUAAUGUUUUCCGUGACAGUUAUCACGACAAUAGGGUAUGGUCAUAUUGCACCAAAGACAUUCUGGGGACGGUUAGUGUGUAUCGCUUACUCAGUGUUAGGCAUACCUCUGAUGUUGUUAUGCCUCGCGAAUAUAGGUGACAUCCUAGCAGACAUAUUUAGAUUCAUAUAUGCCAAGAUAUGUUGUUGUGGCUGCUGCAAGAGGAAAUCGAAGAACAAGGUUGUUCAGAUAAAACCGACAUCACAAGAACCCGACUCUGCAUGGAACGAUCGCACCAAAAUUAUCCCAAACGCACAAGCACCAAUGAAUACAGAAUUUCACAAACUACCGUCAAAAUCACAGGACGAUUCUACAAAACCAAAGGUUGUUCCUUUGGAUAUUAAGACAUUGAACAAAGCGGAACUAGCAAACAGGAACCAGGCAAUAAGGAACCAACCGAUGAUACUGGAUGAUGAUAGUGAUGAUGAAGAUGAUGAUAUUGAUGAGAAGAAGGUGACAGUGCCGCUAACAGUGACAAUGGUUGUCAUUGCAGGUUACAUUUUUGGAGGAGCGGUUUUGUUUGGAUUGUGGGAGGGCUGGGAUAACUUACAGUCGGCAUAUUUCUGCUUUGUCACAUUGAGCACCAUUGGAUUUGGAGACGUCGUUCCUGGUACAGACUUUGACAACCCACAAGCGUCAGCUCAACUUAUCCUCGGGGCUAUCUAUGUGCUCUUUGGAAUGGCGAUCUUGUCAAUGUGUUUCGCUCUCAUGCAAGACGAAAUCAUUGCGAAAUGCACAUGGGUAGGACAAAAACUUGGCAUCGUUGACAAAAGUGAAGAAGACCUUUAGAAAGAAGUGCUUUAUCAUUCUAACAUUUUGCUGUUGAUGUUAAUUGUCCCCGAGUUCUAUUUUAUGAAAAUAGUAAAUACUAUCCUGCUGAUGUCCAAACGUUUUAUCGAUUUAGCUGUUUGCUUUACGAACCAUAUACGUAAAAUGUUUCGUCUGUAAGGUUUGUUUAUGGAAUUGUCUUAUAAUUUGAAUGCAAUGAGAACUUGUGUUAUGUAAAUAUUUGACACUUUAAAGUAAAUACAUUUUUAUAGGAUUAAUAGUCAUAGUGCAUAGCCUGACUGUUAUCUAUUUUACUAAUUUGGCACUUUUUAAUGACAAACAUGCGUAAGUAGCCUGGACAAUACACUUUCUGUUAAAUAACCGUUGGUAAUAGAGCCUUGUCAAAGUUGUUUAAUUUUUAUAUUUGCAUAUCAUGAACAACUUAUUGACUUCUGGUAGUUUUGAAGUUUGAAUGUUGUUUCAUAUAUUGAAAAAUAAUUGAUUAUGAAAGCAAUUAAUGAAAUUGCCAAUUAAUAUUCUGAAAUCUCUGGAGCAAUGGUUCAGUUUUUAUAAAUAACAACGGCAUGAUGAACGAGUUUCAUGUGGUGCGUUUCAACGUUAUAAUAUAGGAACACAUUAAGUGUUGCUAAAAUUGUUGACACUUCUUGGAACUUUGUUUCUGUUUAAGAGAGAACUAGUAUACGCAUUUUUUGUGCCUACAUUUACAGCUGCCCUAAUCUUGAUCUUCAGUUGCAACCUGAAUCUGGAAAUACUCUCGAUUGAUUUCUUAAUAGAAAGAAGUGCAACCAUAUACAUACGAAAGCCGUUUCUCAGUCCGGUAGAAUCAUUAAAAAUAUGAUUCUUUUAACGUGGCGAGCCACAUAUUAGAUAGGCUCGUUUUACACCACACCGGGCUAUCCCGACCACGUGUUCGAUACACCGAAAUGCGCCGGGCUAUUAGGCAUGUCCCGCAGGUGUGCCAAAUUAAUGCGCGCGCAACUAGCCUGACUGAAACGAAUGUAAAUCGACCAGGGUACACAAUUGAGCAUAGCUAUUGUUUAAACAUCUUAAUUAGAAACUGCGUGGAGAGAAUGAUUGAUGUCAUAAUGACCAUCGCCUUGUUUGUUGUAAUACGGUCUAAAUUUUCAAGUGAUUAAACUCUUCCUCUAAAUUUCAUUAGUCAUAUUCAAAAGUAUAUACUGUAUCAUGAAGAUUGAAAACAAUUACUAUAAAUCUAUACUAAAUUUGCCCAAAUCAAAUAUACCAAAAUAUAUAAAGUAUUUGUAUUUUCUGGCGUAAUUUAUUUUUAAACAUCCCCUACAUACCUUGCGUGCGUUUACGUAAUUACCAGUUAUUAGGUCGCUACUUCAAAUACCAAAAUUUCUCUCACAACCCCCAGCUGGUCAUGGUUUAUAUGUUUGAGAUGCCUUUUACCGUGUCCUAAUUGGUUUCUUGGAAACAUAUUUAGGACUGUUCAAAGAUGAAAUGGCCCGUCGUAAAUGAAUUGUCAACAUCACGUGAAAAACCGCUGACGACUGCCUCUCCGGCAUUUGUAAUGUUUCUUAUCCAAUUAGCUGUUGCUUUUCUGUUAAAAACGAUAUGGAAUUAAAUGAAGUCUUUAUUACACAAAAAGGACACAAAUUACCCCGCGCCUUAUUAACACAAACAAAACAAGACGGUUUUAUAGAUGGUUAAUCAGAUUUUCGCCAAUCAGUAAGUUUAUUUUAAACUUUAACAACUUAUCAUUAACUCAUAUUUUGUGUUAUACAUGUUACAUUUGCAUUGGGUUCAUUUUAAAAUCCUGGUUGUCCAACCAAGAUAGCGGUAUUAAGCAUCAGUAUAAAUUUGAUAUACAUACUUCGCGUAACGAAUGAUAAAAAGUUGUCGUUUUUUUUUAUAUGAUUGAAUUAGUGACAUUUAACCUGAAAUAUUCAAUGCAAACGUAAAAGUGAAAUUUUAUCAAAAUUAAAAGAAAAAGUCCACAUUCUAAAUACUUUUAUAUUAAAUGGAUGUUAUUGUAAAAUCUUAUAAGAUAUCAAAAGAAAAAUUGUAAUAAGAAUCAUUUUGAAAAAUGUCAUAAAAUGUUGCUUAAAUCUGAUUGGCUACCUUCAAGUAUCUCUGUGACUGUUCUACCUAGUGGCGACAUACAUUCUAAAUUCGAAUAAAUAUUUCGUCUCUGUAACAACGGAUGUCGUCAUUUAUAUCAAAAGACAGUUGAUUUAUUUUACAAACCUCUGCAUAUAGGUUGCCUAAAUUCAUUUAAACCAGAAGAAAAAAAGCUUUUGAUCAAACGACUUUAUGAACGACACUUGUCUUCAGCAAUCGUUCAUUCUUAAGCAUUGCAUUUCACUUGUUUUUGAUGAUUCAGCAGACUUCAGUACAUUCCAGUUUGUUAUCUGUAUGUCUUUGAUUUCAGCUUGUGUAUAUGUUAUUUUCUGAACUUGUUUAAUCUUUCAUGUUAAUCUGUGAUACAAGUUUUAUCUUAAUAAAGUUUUAGAUUUCAUUUUA